GUUUUAUGUGCUUAACAUGCUCUUAUUAUAAAGGUUAGAGCUAUAUAUAAUGAUAAUGACAGUGGCAGUUUGAAAAGACACAUUUUAAUUAACGUGAUUUGUAAUAAUUCAUUUAGAAAUGAUAAAUAGGAUUUAUCAUAUUUCCUCCGAGAUUGUGAGAUGGAGAGACAUACAGUAUAUACUGUAAGGGGUUAUGAUUAAUUACUUAAAAGUGCCAGCUGGCAGUCUCAAAUCCUUUUUUAGUGUAAAGGAGGAAUGUUUCCCUCUCUUCCACUCAGUCCAUCAGAGGUCGUUGCGUUGGAGGCUAAAAGGGGAAGUGAAACUGAUAUCACUUCCUUUUCUAUUCUCUGUCUAUAAAAAGAGAAAUACAAAAACGCUCUGGUCGGCUCAAAGUUUUUACACCUUCUCCUCUGAGGCUGAUCACUAACUGGACACAUUUCAAGCUGUUCAGUGUAGGAUGUGCAGGUAAAGCUGCUGACUGGAUCAACAGAGGCUGAACACAGAGGAGACAUGGAAGCUGUGGUUGGACUGUUGCUGAUACUACUCAGAAUCUCUCAUGCUGUGGAAACCUACUGUGAUGGCCGACAGGAUGGAGCUCGGUGUUAUGGAGCUUUGGGAGGAACUGUGGUCCUCCAGCUGAUGGACAACGCCUCUGAAAUAUUUGGAUACACAUGGUCAAUCAAACCAACAAUCAAAAAAACAACAACAACAAAUACAACAACAUCAACAACAACAAAAACAACAAAAAUACUUGAAGGGAGAAAGAAUUUGAUUCUGUCUAAUGAGAUAGCAGACAGAUCCUUCUUUACUCCUAGUAAUGGAACAUUUAGGAUCAACGACCUGAUCUGGACUGAUGGAGGUGAAUAUGAACUUCAAACCUUUGAUUCAAAUGGAAAAGUAUCAGAGCAGCGGACUCUACAGUUGACCAUUCAAGCUCCUGUGUCCUCUGUCCUGCUGGUCCCUGAGUGUCUGUCCCAGGGAGAGAUGAAGGUGUCUUGCUCCUUUGAGCGAGGGGACAGUCCUCAGUACAGCUGGACUCUGGAUGGACGCACACUGACAGACGCUGAGCUCCUCUCUGGAAAUACUGAGACUAACAACAUCACUCUGAGACAAAAGGUCUCAGGACGACUGGUCUGCUCAGUCAGGAAUCAAGUCAGUAAAGUCUCAAAAGAAAUGACAAUAUCUACAUGUGCCUUCAUUAACUGCACCUUGACCAACGGGACUCACAUAUCACAGUGGAUGUUUCCAGACAAUAACAUCUCGUGUAUUCAGCCAACAACAUCUCCUCCCAUGAGAACCUCCACGGGUAAGACGACUGGCAUCACAGUGUCAAUUUACCCCUGCACUAAUAACACCUCCUACAAUCACAGCGAGGCCCAAUGGUACAUUAAUUACUUGCUGAUAGCGGCCGGUGUACUGGUUGCGUUGGUUAUUCUGUUAGUGGUCGGGGUGGCUGUCGUCUGUGCUCAGAAGAAAAAGAGAAACAACAAACUGAAAGAAGAAGAAGACAAUGAACUGACCUAUGCUGAUGUCAGGUUCGCGCAGCGGCCGGGGAGGCAGAUGCAGCAAAGACCAGAGACGGAGGGGGAGGUGGAGUACGGCCAGGUCAAGUUCUCAGAGCGACCUCAGCAGACUGUUGAACCAGCUGGGGAUGAAUGUGUGUACGCCAAGGUCCGUAAAGACAGGUGAUUCACACCGUUUAGUGUUUUUCACAAAGACUGCACCACAGAAGACUGAGAGAGGAGUUGUUUGUGAAAAUGCCCAACACUCUUCACCUUCAUUUGAUGUGAUGUUCAAAAGGAAAAAAAUACAGAUACAGUAUUAUUAUUCACCACUUUUACCUCUGGGAUGAACAAGCUUUAAAGUAUCAUUAUCAUCAUCAUCAUCAUCAUCAUCAUCAUCAUUAUUUGAAUCCCAGUUUGGCUACACAUAUUUUUUUAAGUAUGUCCAUAAUUUUAAACUCUCUCUUUGUAUUAACAUUUUGUUGUACUUCUUAGUUUUUACUCAUUUUUAAUUUAUGAGCAUAUUUAGUUUUUUAUCAUUGUUAAAACAAUUUUAUUUUAAUUUUAUUUGCCAAAGGCUAACAUUUUAAGAAUAAUGUUAAUGUUACAACGUAUUUGGUUUUAUUACUCCAAAAUGAUUGGCCGAAGUGGACACUCUAAAGUGCUCUGACACGCUGUCAUCUGUCCGUUCAUGUUCAGUGUUUUAAUUUCAUAUCAAAGGGAUAAAGUAGGUCUUUUCUUAUAGAUUUCUUAUAGGUUCUAUGCGCUGUGGUUAAUCUCACAUCGACCAUGCUAGUGUCCUUUGGCUCUGUUGCCAUACAGUAAGAUAAGUUUGCAGAGAAAUGUCUUGUGUCUCAGGAAGUUUACAGUAACAGUAACCACCUAUUAGUUUCCAUGAUGUAACACUUCUGCUUUGUCUUUGGCAUGUGCUUUUACUCUUUCAGAAUUGGUUUAUCAGUUGGAAGGGGGGAUUUUAAGACCUUACAUCCACCUUGUGUCAGUUAAUGGUGAAAUAUCCCCGUAAUUUAAUGAUACAUAAGAGUGGCUUGUGUACUUUUAGUCAUACUUUAAGACAAAUGUUAGUGGGCUGGGGGGGGGGGGAGACAUAGAUAAUAAACAGUCUAAAUAAAUUAAUGCUCAGGAUUGCCUGCAACAGUAGGCUACAUGCAGGUUGCUUAGUGUUUCUUAAUACAGUGAUUUAGCAGUAAAAGGAGGAACACCUUCUAAAGGAGGGUGCUGUUCUCUUUUUCUCCUUCACUGAAACGAGAGGGGACAAAUAUAGUGUAAGAAUAUUAACUACGUGUCAGAUUCUUUGCAUGCACUGUUUAUCUUUUAGCACCAUCAGGUUUCUUCUAUAGUUUGACACGUUUCCUGUCUUUAUCAGUUGCAGUUUCCAAGGUAUCAUUACUGAAAUAUAGAUACCUGUAAUUAAACCUUAAACAUUGUGAAUAUUUAAUUAAUUGUAAUAAUUCAGGGUUUGAGUAAUUUUAUGGCUCUGACUUUCAGGUCUGGAGAAGAAACCAUUAUACAUUAUGUAUAUUUAUGCUCCCUGUUUGUGGGUUAAUAGAAAUUCAGUUGAACGCAGUGCACUUCCUGCUGUUUCAAGAUCUAAUGUUAACCAGUUAGUCAACCAACUAUCAAAAGGUUUAGAGUUAAAAAGCGAACAUGGCAAUUUGUCUGGAAUUAAAUUAAACUACAUGCAACUGAGGACCUCACAGAAAAUAAUGCACAAGAAAAUGGAAGUUCUUAGGUAUUGGCUCUGAGUGCCCAUCAUAUUCCUGUAAGAUUCUCUAUUAACUAAUCUAAAUAUCUCUGAAAUUCUGGUUUUCCUGCCUCUUCUAAAAGACCCAAUCUUUUCUAAGUUAACCCUUGUGCAGUUUACAUGCUCCAGCCCACUGGAGGAAGUGCUAGACCGCACAAGACCUAACAAUAAAUGGUGGAGCAGUUAGAAUAAGGUCUCAUGGAUUAAGUUAAUGUUUGUUCUCAUAAUGGAAAUUUUGGAGUUAUAACUUUUCAUAUUAUUAAAGCUGCUAUUGCAUCUGCAACAGUCUUUGGUAUGGACUGGGUCAGGAAGUGCACGGUCCAACCUUUGAUCCUCUUGUCUCAGCUCAGUAUCACCCUCUGAAACACUUCAGGAUCUAGCAUAAUGUAAUGAUUCUUUUUAUUUUUUGGGGGGGCAUUUUAGACCUUUAUUGAGCUAAAGACACAAAAGCGGAGUGAGAGUGGAUAUGACAUGCGCCCAGCCUAAUUUAAUGCUGAAGUAGCCAUAUGCGGUUUGUUUUACUGUUGUUUGAGUUCUGUUUUUUUUUUUUUGUGACUUCUGUUUCCUAAAAUAUCAUCUGUUGUCAUUAGAUGUAAGUUUUGGUUUUAAGGGUAAAAUGCCACCGUGUGAGUUGUUCGUAUGCUAUGUAUUUAAUCAAAGAGAGAGGUUACAUGAGUGGUUUGGUUUGUGUCUUGAGGUUAAAGAUCUACCAUUCAGCUGAAUCACAGCUAUAAAUAGGUGUUUAUGGUUCACGAUAGUUGUAAAACAAACAACCAUUUUGUUAGUUGAACCCUCUAGUUGAAAACAGUUGUACUUCUGACUGAUAUAAUCUACUGAGCAAAUAAUUAACAACACAGGAGAAGUGUAACUAAACUGCUCCAACAA